UCGCUGCCAUUUAUUACUUGUCCUUAAUAAAAAAAUAAAAAAUAAAAAAUGGAUUAGUUGUUUGCAACAUUUAGGCAAUACAGGUCGAAUUCAAAACUAAGAGUAUAAGAAGCCUCUAUAUUUGUCCACGGGAGGGGUAACUAUCCAUAUAUAGUCCCGUCAUGUGUGACUGGAUUAAUUAUGCUUCAAGGCCAACCUAAACUUUUGUUUCCUUCCAAGUAAAGUACUAUUGAAUUCUCGGGAAACAAUCUUUCUUUUCUUAGUCCAAACAUAACCAAAUAAUUCCCAAUAACUUUUAAUUUGGGCUGAGAUAUUUGGCGCCUAAAUACGAAUAUAUUAACCGAAAUAACGUCUCUAACGGUCAUUUGGAACUAGACCACCCCGUCAUGUCGUCUUCGUUCCAACUAUAAACGUCCAUAGCAGAGGUCCCAUUCCUAGCAGUCUUAAUCUCUCUCCUAGGGUUUAAAAAUGGGUCGGUUUUGAAGCACAAGAAGACAUGUGAAGGAAAUAGCAUAAAGUACAAGUGAUGGAUCAGCAAGGAAAAUGCAACAAAGCACAAGAUAUACUUGAUUUUUCAGUUUUGGAUUCCAGCGAGGCUACAAAUUUAAUCAACAACACCAAUAACUGGCUGUUAAAUAUGAACGAUGAUGAUCGAUGGGAGGAAUUACCGAGCAAAAAGAAGGGAUUCGCCGGGGCUAUAUCAGAAGAAGAGCUGAAGAUUCGAAGUGAGGUUGAAAUGGAAAUCGAAAAAAACAUGGAGGAAGAAAUCAAAGAUGGGAUUUGCCAUCUUGCUCUGAGAUUGCAGAGGCUCUAUCAACACCAAAAGGAAAGACGAAGUGCUGCUACGAAUGGAAGAAAGAGUAAUAAUAACAAGGCAUUUUGUGAGGUUAAUAUUAACAUAAAAAUGGAAGGAGGAACCAAGAUUGAAAUUAAAGAGACCAAAAAACCAGCGCCUGAAAAGGUUUGCCCUAAUUGGACUAGUUCAGGAAUAUCAGAGAAAAGUUAUCAACCAGUUACAAAGAUGGCUAGAAAUACCAAGAAGUUUGAUUGGGCCAAGUCGCUGCGUUCGAGUGCUGGGCCUGCACUCGUCACUAACAAAAAUAGCGGCCCACGUGAACUGGGUUGGAAAGUUUGAGAUUGCCUUGGUUUGUUUAUAUAUUUAAAUUAUGACUGAUAUUACAUCUUUAAGGCUUAAGCUACACCAACGGGAGGAAGAGCGUUCAAACCCUGGACGUAGUGGGAAUGACAAUAAUACCACUGCUAUUGUUGUUGCUCACAGGUAGCUUCACCAGUGUGAUUUUAUAUGAGACAUGAGUAAGUUGUGAAUGUUUUGGGAGAUAUGAAAACAUCAAUUGUUGUAAGUGACUUUAAUUGUGAUUUUUUAUAUAUUUUACCGAACCUCAAAAAUAAAUAAUGAAGUUGUUUUUGUAAGGAAAAGGAACACUAGUGCGGUGUCUCAUGGAUGAUACUAUGCUCCUAAUGUGUAAGGAGUCACUAUGACGUGACAUUAUUUCACCAUCUACAUUAUUAGUUUUUAUUUUAUUUUAUUUUUUUAUCAUCAUUUGAGAAUUAUUUAUUUAAUUUAAAAAUUGUUUACUGAUCCAGAGGUAUUGAACAAAUUGACAGUUAUUGAUUAAUUAA